CUCAGCCUGGUGGGAGGAUCACUUGAGGCCAGGAGUUCAAGGCAGCAGUGAGCUAUGAUCUCACCACUGCACUUCAGCCUGGGUGACAGAGUGAGACCCUGUCUCAAUAAUUACAAUAGUAAUAAUACAUUUUAAAAAUUAAAAAAAUGCAAGAAAGGCAAAAUUAAGGAUUGUUUGCAAACUUUUUCUCAACCCUCACAACGGCCCUAGAAGAUACUAUUACUCCUCUUUUACAAGUAAGAAAACCAAGGCUUCUAGAGGUUAAAUUACUUGCCCGAGAUCACUCAGAUCAAAAGUGGGAGUUGCACAAUCAACUCCUUUAAUUUCAGAGCUGAAACACCUGCCAGCAUAGAAAAAGUGCUGUGAAUUAUCAGGAAGAGGUGGGAUCAGUGAUUAUUGAUGGCGCUGGGAGGAGGGGCGUACGUGAAUUAGCUUUUUAAAAAGUAGUCAAUAAAGAGACUAGGUCACAAUGUGUUUACUAGCAUCUGAGAUAGCGCUUCCCCAUUGCUCACAUGACAGAAAGCUCUUCCCCUGUUCUGCCCCCAAGACCCAUCCUCUCCCUGCGACAUCUGUGGAGAUUUCUCAAGGACACGGCUCCAGGGGUAAUUUGUUUCAGCUGCUGCUUUCUAAGGGCGCAAAUCAAUCUUAUUAACCCAAGUUCCUGAGAGAGACUGACUACAGGAGGUUAAAAGACUAAAGGGGAGGAAGUUGACGUUGGUGGUCCUUUUUUCGCCUUUUCUCUUUUCAAAGAGAUGAAGUAGCUGGUAUGUGGGUACAGAGUAUGUCAUAAGGAUAUUUCUUAGCAAAUCCAUGAGUUGGUGCGUAAAAGCAGUUAUAUGCUAAGCUGACCUGGGACUAAAAGGUGCAGUAACUUUAAAUUCCUCAAAUCCCCUGAGUGCAAGGCCAUGGCUCAGAAAAGCCUUGCAAACAACAGCAUUAAUCUCCCCUACAAGGACUUGACCUCCGAGGUAACCAGGCGCCGAGUCACCAUGAUCACGAGAAAAGAGAUAAUUACCCAGAAAAGUGAUGAAGCUAAGGAGAUGCUCUCCCACUUGGAUUUGGAACAAGCCCCUCCCCCUCACAGGACCUACCUCACAGUACCUCGCGCCCCACCUCCUUCUCCAGCUGAGGAUCCCACGGUCUCCUAAGAUGUAAAACUUAUUUUGAAGUGAAUUCUUACACAGAACUCCAGAAAACAGUUUCAGUGGCAUUCUUGAGGUUUGUCUUAGAAGACUCUUGAAGAUCUUUGUUCUUUCCUGUUUUUCUUCACCUAGAACCACCAUAGAGCAUGGUUUACCCUUGCUAAUAGACUUAGUCAUUUUUGGUUUUUUAAUCCAAGUCUCUGAUAUGAUAUGCAUAUAUUUUGAUCUUUAUGUUAUGCUAUAGAACUGUUGCUGUAGUCAGUUGUAUUUAAAUUAAUAAACAGUUAUCAGGCCUUGUUGUUUAUUACUAAAUCUGAAUCAGUGAAAAGUCUAGGCCUUUUAAAGUCUAGAAUUUAAAGAUCUCAGGUCCUGGGAACCCUGAGG